GACACGCUCUUGGACGCGGUGCGGAAGCUCCGGAGCUCGGGCCAAAGUAGUGCCGUGGUGGUGCGCCCCAUCUCCUUGGAUCGGAGCAGCGCAGUGGUCCGAGGUGUGGUGCACAUCUCGCAGAUUCUCUCAAACCUUUUGUCUGGAGAGGAGUCACUUGAGAAGGAUGUUGUCGCCGAUCAGCUGAUGUGUAGCCCAUCCGUCUCGCCUGGUUUCCGCCAGCCAGCGGUGGUAUCGACGCAGCUGCGCCAUCCCUUUGUGCGCAUGAGGUCAAACUUGGGGGAGACGGCAGCAACGGCAUCUGCUCAGCCCAACCUGGCAAGAUUACUGAGACCGGAGUCUGAGCAGCCAGGGUCCUAGGCUGCAUAAGGGUCAAUGCUGUUAAUUUUGUGAAGUUUGGGACAUUGUGACAUAUGAGACUUCUUGCAAAACACUUCAAAAUUAACUUUUCUCACAAGACAUCCUCCAAAAGUGACGCAUCAAGUCUUCAACACGAGGUUUUGAUAUCACCAUCUGACAGAGAGAAAGGAAAACGUUAGUUGUUGGGUUGCUGAUGUUGCAGUACCAGUACCAUGGAGAUUAAAGCAGAAGACCUGCAAGGAGAAACACUGAUCAAGACAUGUCAGGACUAUGUACCCUGGUUGGUGCAUCUACGGUCCAUUUCAAUCAUUGAAUCAAACUGAUGCUUCAAGGGGAGCACUGUUUUGGCCAACUGAAUUCUCUUCAAUGCUUUAACCUCGGAAGGCACCUUGCUUGACCUUAGCCAAGGAUGUCACAACCAAUGCAUCUUUCGAUGGCUGGCCGCGCCAAGAGUGGAUGAAAUCAAGCAGAAAAUGAGACGAUUUGCAGACCCAUCCCAACCCAAUGCCGUCAAUGCAGCAAAACAAUGAGACAAGGGCAAAUAAUUUAGCUAGAUGUUCUUGUGUUUCCAGAGCUUGUUCGAGAAGACGGAUCAGGAGUGGGCAUGGGAGUCUGAAGCUAGCUGAUGACUCCUUGACCGCCUUCGGCCAGAGCCAGAAGGAUUUACCCAGACCUCGUGUGAGGAUGAAUGCAGGCAACGAACAACAUUGAACUUUAAGCAUGUUGUAUUCCUUUGCCAUGCACCUCCACGAUAAAGAAGGGUCCAUGUGGGCUUGAUCGGCUUGAUUGCUUGAUGUUCGGAGCCUCAAAGAGUGCCCAACAGCAAAAUGUGGACAACUACCAGCAUGCGGCGUGAGGCGUUGCUCAGCAGAGCCCGUAUAAUAUGU